AUGAGAAAUGAAUUAAGAGAAUCCAAUAGAGAUGGUAACACAUCUUACUUAUUUAAAGAAUUACAUAAAUAUUUUGCUUGUGAGUUUUAUUUAAUAGGUCUUUUAAAAUUUAUAUCAGACUGCUUAACUUUUGGCGGACCAAUUUUAUUAAAUGCCAUAGUUUCAUUUAUAGAAAAUGAGAGAAAAGGUGUUGAAUGCUUUUAUUAUGUUUUGGGUUUGUUUCUAGUGGUCUUUUUCUCUGCCUUAAGCUCAACUCACUACAAUUAUCUGAUCACCAAAAUUAGUUUUAAAAUCAAAGCUUGUCUGAUAAUGGCAGUCUACCAAAAAACACUUUUUAUAAGCAAAAUGACAUUAAAUAAUGUUAGUUCAGGUGAAAUAUUGAACUAUAUUAGCACAGACACAGACCGCAUAGUAAAUUUUUGCCAGAGUUUUCAUCAGUUCUGGAGUUUACCUGUUCAAGUUGUCAUAGCACUUAUUUUCUUAUAUUCGCAAGUGAGUUUUUGUUUCUUUGUUGGUUUUGGUCUGAUGUUAGUUGUUGUUCCUCUAAAUCAACUUAUUGCGAAGAAGAUUGCUAGCUACAGCAAUUUAAUGAUGAAGGCCAAAGACAUGAGGAUUAAGAUCAUGAAUGAAAUUCUAAGUGGAAUAAGAAUUAUAAAAGUGAAUACUUGGGAAGCUUUGUUUUACAACAAAGUAAAUGCUACAAGACAUGAGGAAAUGAAGUACUUAAAGAAGAGGAAGUAUUUAGAUGCUUUGUGUGUGUACUUCUGGGCUACAACUCCUGUUAUUAUGUCGUAUUUGACAUUCACAUUGUUUUCUGCUCUGGGCUAUGAGUUAACUGCUGCCAGGGUUUUUACUAGCAUAGCACUUUUUCAUAUGUUGAUCAUGCCUUUAAAUGCUUUCCCGUGGGUCUUAAAUGGGCUGAUGGAGGCUUGGAUUUCUCUUAAACGAGUGAAUUCAUUCCUACAAUUACCAAAUUUUGAUUACCACUGCUAUUAUUCCAUGCCAAUCAGUAGGUACUUUUGUUUAUUUAUUACAAAUUACUUGAAGAUAUCAAAUGUAUUUAUUUAUGAUGCGGGAGAAGAAUUAUCUAAGCAACCUUUUUAUUGCGGCCCUAUUAAUUUGAGGUUAAUGCAAGGUUCUUAUAUUUGCAUUAUUGGUAAAGUUGGGUCUGGCAAGUCCUCCUUCCUGUCUAGUAUUUUAGGGGACAUGAAUUGCAUUUCUGGAUCAGUUGCCUUUCAUGAUUCAGAAAGAAUGAAUGGAAUCGGUUAUGUGUCGCAAGAGCCAUGGAUCCAACAAAAGUCCGUGAAGGAUAAUAUUCUAUUUGGCAAGAACAUGAAUACUAUGAGAUAUAGGAAAGUAUUGGAGGUCUGUGCGUUAUUGGAUGAUCUUGAGACUUUUCCAUAUGGUGACAAUACUAUAGUUGGUGAUAAAGGAACUACAUUAAGUGGUGGACAGAAGGCUCGAAUUGCUCUUGCUAGAGCAGUUUAUCAGGAUUUUGAAAUUUACCUUUUGGAUGAUCCAUUUUCAGCUGUUGAUGCUCAUGUUGCCGAACAUAUUUUUUCUAACUGCAUUAUGGGUCUACUGAAGAAUAAAACUCGAAUCUUGUGCACUCAUAAAAACAAAUUUGCAGAGAAUGCUGAUCACUUAGUUGUUUUCUCUGGUGGAAAAGUAUCUAUGCAAGGUCCACCUCAACAAAUAAUGCAGCUGCAUUUUAUGGAUUUGAAUGAUGACAGUACAGAAGAAGCUACAAAUGUUCUUAGCAAAGCAGUUGAAAAAACUACUGAAGAUAAGGAGCACAUUAUUGUUGAAGAAGAAAAAAAGGAGGGUGUGGUGGAAUUCCAUGUCAUUCAUUCCUAUUGGAAAGCAGUUGGGUCCAUUUUGUCAAUUUCAGUACUGAUAUUUUGCUUUUUAAUGCAAGCAUCAAGAACACUUUGUGACUGGUGGCUUUCUUUCUGGGUAUCAAAUACAUCUACACAUAACUGGAAUUCAUCAUUAAGUUCCCAUUAUUGGCUGACAUCUGAAGCUAAUCAAUCUCACUCAUUGAGAUUCUACCUUGGUGUUUACGGAGGACUGGCUGCAUCAAAUAGCGUAUUUACAUUGUUCCGUGCAUUCUUAUUUGCUGUAGCUGGUCUUGGAGCUGCUGUAUCUUUGCAUGACAAACUGCUGAAAACUAUCUUGAAUGCAACUAUGUGCUUUUUUGACACUACUCCUCUUGGAAGAAUAAUCAACAGAUUCUCUUCAGAUAUUUACUGUGUGGAUGAUACAUUGCCAUUUCAACUAAACAUACUUCUUGCUCAAGUAUUUUCAUUGAUAGGAUCCCUUGUGAUUACCUGCUAUGGUCUGCCAUGGAUUUUGAUCCUUUUUUCGAUUUUGACUGUGAUAUAUUUUAAGAUUCAAAAAUACUAUAGGCAUACUUCAAGAGAGCUUAAACGACUUUCUAGUAUUAGCUUAUCUCCUAUCUAUGCUCACUUCUCUGAAACACUGAAUGGCCAUUCAACCAUUAGAGCCAUGAGUGGAACUGCUCGGUUUCAGAGAGAAAACAUGGUUUGUGUUGAUUCAAACAUACGAGCAGUUCUGUCUACUGCAGCUGCAUCUCAGUGGUUAAAUUUGAGACUUCAGUUCAUCGGAGUUAUCAUUGUAACUGGAGUAGCCUUAAUUGCAAUGUGGCAAAAUCAACUUGGUGGUGUUGAUGCAGGGUUAGUAGGUCUUGCAUUGUCUUAUGCUCUUUCAAUUACAUCACUUUUAAAUGGCACUGUGACUGCAUUCACUGAAACAGAGAAGGAGAUUGUAAGUGUUGAAAGAGUUAUGCAGUUCAUCGAAGAGAUUGACACAGAGUCUGAUGAUUAUUGUCAGAUGCCUCCAUUUGCAUGGCCUUCUCAUGGUGUGAUUACUUUCACCUCUGUAAGCCUAAAAUACAGACCAGACUGUCCAUAUGCUUUGAAGAAUGUUUCAUUUGAGACAAGACCCUGCGAGAAAAUUGGGAUUGUUGGUCGUACCGGAUCAGGAAAAUCCAGUUUGAUACAGGUUUUAUGUAGGAUGGUCAACUUCUUUGAAGGAGCUGUGUUUAUUGAUGGUGUCAAUAUUUCGAAUUUAGAGCUCAAAAAACUGAGAUCAAAAUUAUCAAUUAUUCCUCAAGAUCCAUUUUUAUUCAGUGGUAGUGUGCGUGAAAAUCUGGAUCCUAAUUUUCUUCGCAGUGAUGCAGAAAUCUGGAAAGCAUUACGUUUUUGCCACAUGGAGGAAAAAAUACAUUCUGUUGGUGGCUUAGGAAGUGAAAUGAAAGAGAAAGGAGAAAACUUUAGCAUUGGGGAGAGACAGUUGUUUUGUUUGACACGAUCUCUCCUCCAAAGAGCAAAGAUCCUCUGCAUGGAUGAAGCUACAGCAAGCAUCGAUUACCAAACCGACAGCUUGAUCAGGCAAACAGUAAGAAUGGCAUUUAGACAUUCCACAGUGUUAAUCAUUGCUCAUCGUGUAGAAAGUGUCAUGGACUGUGAUAGAGUUCUAGUCAUGAAAGAGGGAGAGAUUUUGGAAAUAGGCCAGCCUUCGGAUCUGUUAUCCAAUCCUAAAUCAGCUUUUUACUCUCUCGUCUAUCGGACAAACAACUGAAUGUGCUUAAAAAGCAUUGUUAUUUGUUAAAUGUGUGCUCAAUUGAACUUGGUUAAUGUAAAGUAGCAAGAAUGUCUAUUGCUUACAUUAGCCAAUGUUCGUAAAAUAUAUGAAGGUUUGUAGAGAAUUUGGCAAUUCAAUGGAAAACACAUAAAAAAAGUUAUAAACUGCAACAACCCAUUUACAUACAAAAUUGAAUUUUGAAAUGGAAGAUAUAAUUUACACUGGACAUGGACAUGUUUACUGCAGCGGCAAUUAUGGCAAAUGCCCAGGGUCAUGCAUUAGUAUUUGAGAAAACUGAUAAAUCUUCUUAUGCAUUUAUAACAGCAAGUUUACUUUUCUUUGACGACGUUUUUUGAAAAUAGUCAAUGGUUGACUUGAAAAAGGAGAAAUUUGUGUUCUUGACACAUUGCAGUGCUGUUUUACUAGAUCAUAGUACCUAUAUUAUCUUAUAUCUGUCCAGAUAUUUGGAAGAAAUUUAAUUUUUUUUGAUACAGUAGAGAAUCAAUUAUGCAGGAAGUUCGGGACCAUCACUAUCUAAAUUUUCCGGUUUUCUGGAUAGCCAAAAAAAAAAAAAAAAAAAACGCUGUUUGCUGAUUGUUUAUACAACUUGAAUCAGAACAAUAAAUAGUAAUGCAUGUGAAAAUGAAAAGAAGACAGUUAAAGAAAAUGAUUUUAAAUUUGGAAAUAUUAAAAUGAAGAACCAUUUAAAUGCCAGAAAAUUUAAAACAUUCACAAGACUUGAAAAGAAAAAAAAAUUACCCCAGUUUUUGGAAAUGAAAACUUUAAAAAGAAUGAAAACAAAAUUUUUAAAUUUUGUUUAUGAGCAGAAAAGUUCGAUUUUUUAUGGUAGGGUAUGAAAAAGAAUUUGUUUUGUAAACACGAUUUUAGGUUUUGUUUUCUUAAUCACAAUACUAGUUUAUUUUACAUUAAGUUAAUAAGAAUGAAAAUUUGCUUUUUAAAUUCUUGUAGCCUUAUUACAGUCAUUUAAAAAGUUAAUAAAACAAUCUCUACAUUCCAUGCACUCAACUAUACAGAAAAUUCGUAAAUCUGAGUCUGCGUUUCUGCAUUUUUCAUAUUAUCACUUUUGCACCUAUAUG